CCCUAGACACCAAUGCUCCUACAUGAGUUCCGGUUGUGUGACUGUCUGCAGUCAGCGCUUGUUUCUGUGUACUUGACCUCCUAAAAUGGCUAGUCUUCGAGCUCUGGGUGCACUCUCCCGAGUUACAGCAAGGAGAUACAACGUCAUGUCAGAUAUCUCAUCUCGUACCUUUUCAGUUGCCCCUGUCGUUUCAGUCCGAUCCUUUGUCAACUACGAAGUUAAGGAGGAUGUUGCAGUUAUUCGGAUGAAUGACCCAAAUUCUAAAGUCAACACACUGUCAGUCCAGAUGCAAACGGAGAUGACAGAAGUAUUUAAUGAGGUCUUGGCCAACAAUGCAGUCCAAAGUGCUGUCCUCAUCUCCUCCAAGCCUGGUUGCUUCAUCGCAGGAGCUGACAUUAACAUGAUCCAGGCCUGUAAGACUGCGGAGGAAGUGACCAAGCUUUCUCAGGAGGGGCAGAAGAUGUUUGAGAGGAUUGAGAAUUCCCCCAAACCCAUUGUUGCGGCCAUCAAUGGGUCCUGCUUAGGAGGAGGCUUGGAGUUUGCCAUUGCCUGCCAGUAUAGAGUUGCUACUAAGAGCAAGAAGACUGUGCUGGGAACACCUGAGGUGAUGCUUGGCCUUCUCCCUGGGGCUGGUGGAACACAGAGACUUCCCAAGAUGGUAGGUAUUCCUGGUGCCUUUGACAUGAUGCUGACAGGAAAAAACAUCCGGGCAGACAAAGCCAAGAAAAUGGGUCUGGUCCAUCAGCUGGUAGACCCACUAGGACCUGGAUUGAAGAGUCCAGAGGAGCGGACGAUUGAGUACCUGGAGGAGGUUGCCAUUCAGUGUGCAAAAGAUAUUGUCAACAAGAAGAUUGCUCUUACCAGGAAGAAAGGCUUGAUGCAAAAGGCCCAAGACUACGUUUUGGGCAUUGAGUUUGUGCGGCAACAGAUCUACAAGACUGUCACAGGCAAAGUCAUGAAGAUGAGCAAGGGACUGUACCCUGCCCCCCUGAAAAUCAUUGAGACUGUGAAGGCUGGCUUGGAGCAGGGCCCAGAUUCAGGCUAUUUGGCGGAAGCACAGAACUUUGGCAAACUGGCAAUGACCUCUGAAUCGAAUGCAUUAAUAGGCCUCUACCAUGGCCAAGUGGCAUGCAAGAAGAACCGCUUUGGAGUGCCUGAGAGACCUGUCAAGAACCUAGCCAUCUUGGGAGCAGGUCUGAUGGGUGCUGGGAUUGCUCAGGUGACAGUGGACAAAGGCAUUAACACCAUAUUGAAGGACACCAUGGUGGAUGGGCUGAGCAGGGGACAGCAGCAGGUCUACAAAGGCUUUAAUGAUAAAACAAAAAAAAAGACCAUUACAUCAUUUGAGAGGGACUCCAUACUGUCCAGUCUGACAGGCCAGUUGGACUACAAAGGCUUUGAGAAGGUUGACAUGGUCAUAGAAGCUGUGUUUGAAGACCUCAACAUCAAACACAAAGUCAUUAAGGAGGUGGAAGCUGUGAUUUCCCCUCACUGUAUCUUCGCUACCAACACAUCUGCCCUCCCCAUUAAAGACAUUGCCGCUGCUAGCAAGAGACCAGAGAAGGUGAUCGGGAUGCACUACUUCUCUCCAGUGGACAAGAUGCAGCUGUUGGAGAUCAUCACCACAGACAAGACCUCCAAGGACACCACGGCCUCCGCUGUAGCCGUCGGCCUGAAGCAGGGCAAAGUCAUCAUCGUUGUCGGAGAUGGGCCCGGGUUCUAUACCACCAGGUGUUUGGCUCCCAUGUUGGCAGAGGCUGUGAGAGUAUUACAGGAGGGCGUUGACCCAAAGAAACUGGAUGCCCUGACCACAGGCUUUGGGUUCCCGGUGGGCGCUGCCACGCUGGCUGACGAAGUGGGAAUUGAUGUUGCCGCCCAUGUGGCAGAGGACCUGGGCAAGGCGUUCGGAUCGAGGUUUGGAGGCGGAAACGUUGAGGUUCUGAAGACCAUGGUGGAGAAAGGAUUCAAAGGCCGUAAAUCAGGGAAGGGCUGCUACGUAUAUACACCAGGACUCAAAAGCAAAGAUGUCAACCCUGAUCUUGAAGACCUUCUGGAGAAAUACAAAUUGGCAGCUAACCCUUCAGUAUCUUCUGACUCUGAUGUGCAGUUCCGUCUGGUCUCCCGGUUCGUCAAUGAGGCGGUGAUGUGCCUGCAGGAGGGGAUUUUGAAUGGCCCUGUGGAGGGAGACAUAGGAGCUGUGUUCGGACUAGGAUUCCCUCCCUGCCUUGGAGGUCCUUUCCGGUUUGUGGAUACCUUUGGUGCUGACAAACUAGUGGAAAAGAUGAGGAGGUUUGAACACGUUUAUGGCAACCAAUUCACCCCCUGUCAGCUUCUUUUGGACCACGCCAAGGACAGCAACAAGAGGUUCCACAAGUGACUUUUCCCCAACACCAUGUGCUGCUAGCACUUAACAGCAGAUUGCCAAUAGAAUGUGCAUAUGCCUUAUAUAUUUUUCUGUGAAAUAAGCACCGAGCUUAAAGUUUGGGUUGCGUCAGAGAAAUCAUGAGAAGGGGGGCCUGUCACAAAUUAAAGAACGAAAUACAGAGAUUUCAGAAUUAAUGACUAACAGAAUCUUUUUUUUUUGGUUUGGUUGGUUUGUGUGUUUUUGUAUACAUAUUUUCACUGUUCCCUUUUUGGCCAUAUUCUGUGUCCAUCUGAAGUGUCCAUCUGAGGCAGGUGCUAGACCUAAUAGGUAAUCCAAGUCUUCUCAGAAUGUAAAUGAAAUCCAUGCCAACACCAAAUGGCACCCUGUUCUGUACACUGCAAAUUAGGGAAUAGGGUGCCAUUUUAGCCUUUAUAAGUGACUGAUCUUUGUUCAUGUUUUAUUGAAUGUCUACUAAUUUGGUAAAUGAGCAUGUUUUCUUUUUACAUAGUUCGGGCGUUGAUGUAUAAAGAGCUAGUAAAUUAAUAAACGAUGAUGUUGAAA